AUGCAGAAAUGCAGAAAUGCAGAAAGAAUGCAGAAAGAAAUGGAAAAUAUAUAUGGCAAUAUGGAUUAUAAUGAUAACCCAAGGGAUGAGAAGCAAACCAAAUAUGGGAAACUGGUACCAGUACUGGUGAUUGUCCUAAUUUUCAUGGUCCUAAUUUUGUUGAUCCUGCUGGGACUGCUGUUCAUGCACUAUACAGCUAUGUCUGGUAAACUAACAGAGAUAAAACAGAAUGUAUCCAGAAUCAAUAAUGACACUGUGCAGUCAAGAAUGAGUGUAUCCAGAAUCAUUGAUGACAUUGCACAGUUAAAGGAGAGUGUUCAAGUUCCAGACAGAAUAUUGGCAGACAUUAACACCAUAAAUGGAGAGUUGUCAAGGAUGUGCCCUCUUGGUUGGCAUAGAGAAAUCUACUCUUGCUAUUAUGUCUCAAAAAGCGAGAAGACAUGGGAUGAGGCAAGAGAUGAGUGUCAAAAAUUAAAUUCUCAGCUUACCACCAUUUCCAGCAGUGAUGAAAUGAAUAUUUUAAGCAAAAUUUAUGAGAACCAAGGGAGGUACUGGAUUGGACUUCGAAGGGAUAGAAACAAUAUUGAUGUCUGGAACUGGAUGGAUGGGACAGUGAUGACCUAUUCUAACUGGGACAAGGAUGAACCUAAUAAUGACAAAAACAAUGAGCACUGUGCUGAGACCAUGGCAGGACCUUGGAAUGAUCAAGAUUGUAAAACAAUGCAAAAAUUUAUCUGCAAGAAAGUGUGAAACUGUUGGGAGUCAUAUGUUUUCCUUAGAAACUAUAU